AUGGCCGAGGUUUUGUCGCGGAAGUGCUCCACGGAACGGUAUAUAUUUAACGCACGUACUCGGGUUACCAGGACGUUUGCCGGAUCGUGUCUUGGCAUUACUUUUCCUGCUUCGUUCAAUCCAAUCCUGGCUUCCGACCCGUCCCAGUAUUACGGGUCCGCCUACGCUGCUCAGACAACGCCUUUGGGCCAACAGCAGCAACAGGCGGCUCCUGGAACGGCAGUAGCUUAUGGUCAAACGACUUGGCCAGCUGGAUACGCCAUAGACGCUUCCGCCUACGCACAGUAUUACAAUCAACAAUACUACCAACAAUCGCAAACAGCCGUCGAGAUUCCUCCAGGAGUCUCCACUUCAACCCCAUCAUAUUCAACUGCAGCGCCAUUCUAUCAACAACCGUACACACAUACACCCCAAUACGCCUAUGCUACACCCUCGGUAACAGCCUACGGUAGUCACGGCUACGAUUGGUCAGCGUGGUAUGCGCAGAAUCCGCAGCAGCAACAACAACAGCAACAACAACAUUCCAGUAUACAGCACCCGACAGUGUAUGCGGCGGCGCCGACAGUAAGCUCAACGCUAGCCGCACACCCUCCUCAAAAUAUGAUCUCCAGCACGUCCUCCACAUCCGCACCCUUUACUUCUACCCAACCGGCUGUGACGCAAAAGAUGGCCUACGCCGACGUGGUAAAAGGAUCAUCGACCACAGCCGCGAAACCAUCUGCUUUUGGCGCUGCAAAACCUGCAUAUAUCACGGUGAAACCUCGUAAAGUCCUCGCAGAAUCACCUCUGGUAUCUCAGUCAAAGGAUGAUGAGCCAAGCAGCAAACCCCGUGCAUCGUCCUCGAAGCAGGAGUCUCAGGAUCCAAAUAAAUGGCCUCCUAGUUUAAAGGAGUAUGUGACCAAGGUGUUCGACACAUGUCCAGCGGACAAGAGAGAUAUUGCUGAGAAGCAGAUAAAGGAUCUAAUUGUGCAGACCAUGCAAAAUAACGUCAUAUGGACCACAGACUGGACAAACAUGGCGUUGCCGAGCUAUUGUCAACAGCCAGAGCCGAAAGCGAAGCAGCGUAUCAAUAUUGUGAGCACACCUUCCCCCCCAGCGUCCCCUUCCAUAUCAAAAAAGCGGAAGGAAAUCCCACAAUCACCAGCAGAAUCACGACAGUCCACCAAAAUGGCAACCGUAACCGUUUCUACUUCAUCCAAUGUAUCUUCUGACGACGAAGAUGUGAUGCUUGCCCGCCUUCCUCCGUCGCUGCGCAAAGCGGAGCUUGAGAGACGACAGCAGCGAAAAGAGCGCUUUAAAGCUCGGGAAGAGGAGGAGCGGCGGAAGAAUUUGGAAAAGCAACGGGAAAUACAGCGAGCAAAGGAAGCAUUUUUGCGUGCUGGUGCUGAAGGGAAUCCCGAUGUGAUUGAUUGGGAUGAGUAUACAAUUGUGGGGACUUGCACGGAUCUCGAGAAGCGCUACCUUCGCCUCACUUCGGCACCGGAUCCCGCAUCUGUACGGCCGCUACACAUCCUUCGGCAAACAUUGGACCUGCUGAUCUCAAAGUGGAAAAAGGAGCAAAAUUACACCUUUAUUUGCGAUCAGUUUAAGAGUCUACGGCAGGAUUUGACGGUCCAGCGAAUUAAGAAUGAGUUUACUGUAGCUGUUUAUGAGACGCAUGCCCGAAUAGCGCUUGAAAAGGGCGAUCUUGGGGAGUACAACCAAUGUCAGGCUCAGCUCAUGCAGCUGUAUAACAUAUUCAACUUGCGCGGGUGCCAAGACGAGUUUACUGGUUAUCGUAUUUUAUACUUGGUGCAUACGUCCAACAGAACAGAACUUGUUAAGGUUCUUGGGGAACUGACCGACGAGCAGAAGAAUGGUGAAAUUGUCAAACAUGCCCUUAAUGUCCGAACAGCCGUUGCAAUAGGUGACUAUCACCGAUUCUUUUUGAUGUAUGGUGCAGCACCCCGGCUAUCGGCGUACCUUAUGGAUCAUUUCGCCGAGAGGGAACGUAUUCGUGCACUAAAAAUAAUAUGUCGUGCCUACCGUCCUGGAAUAUCAUUGGACUACAUCGCGACUGAACUGGGAUUCGUUCAUGCGGACGAUGUGUCAGAGAACGACGUGGAUGCGAUUCGCCUAGGGCGUAAAGCGUGUACCAAGUGGCUGAAGGAGCAGGGUGUUCAGUGGGUCAAUGGGGAAGUUGGGCGUACAGUGGACACUAAAGGCAGUUUGCCUGUAUUGCAAGGACUUUUCGAUGCUAUAUCGCGAAAGGGAGUGGAUAUCAAGGGACAGAUACAUUGA